UUAAACGCGACAGAAAAGAAAGGGUCGUAUGAAUGUGAUGCUGAGUGUCAGAUUCACAGUCUCUAUCGCCUCGCACGCCUCUAACUAACUGAAUUCAUUACUCUGACUCUUUCAUUGUUGUCUUAUCAUUCCUUCAUUCUCUCUCUCAGAACUCAGAAGGAAUUAGGAAAAAUGAGUUGGAUGUCGGUAGAUGAGUUCCUGGUGCAGUGCAAGAAGUCAGGAGACGCUGCCUACGCCUCCUUGCGGUCGCUGCUGGAGCGCCUAGACAAUCCCGAGACCCGUUCUCAGGCUCGGAUCUUUCUUUCCCACCUUCAGAAGCGUUUUCCCACCAAGGACUCCUGCGAUCAAUGCUUUGAAACCUACCAUUUUCGCAUCGAAGAUGUUUCCUUGGGCCAAUACGAGGGGCAUCACGGGAGAAACAAAUUGACUAUGAUGGUCAUUCCAAGCAUUUUUCUCCCCGAAGACUGGUCCUUCACUUUUUACGAAGGCAUUAAUAGACAUCCAGACUCCAUUUUCAAGGAGAGGACUGUUGCCGAGUUAGGUUGCGGAAAUGGAUGGAUUUCCAUUGCCAUGGCCGAGAAGUGGUUACCAUACAAGGUCUAUGGCCUUGAUAUCAAUCCUAGAGCGGUCAAGGUUUCCUGGAUAAACUUAUACUUGAAUGCUUUAGAUGAAAAUGGCCAGCUAAUCUAUGACGAGGAGAAUAAAACUUUGCUGGAUAGGGUAGAGUUCCAUGAAUCUGAUCUUCUAUCCUAUUGCAGGGAAAAAGACAUUCAACUUGAAAGAAUUGUUGGAUGCAUACCUCAGAUUCUUAAUCCAAAUCCAGAUGCAAUGUCUAAGAUGAUAACAGAAAAUGCAAGCGAGGAAUUCCUGCAUUCAUUGAGUAAUUAUUGUGCACUUCAGGGUUUUGUGGAGGACCAAUUUGGCUUAGGUUUAAUUGCUAGGGCAGUUGAGGAGGGGAUAGCAGUAAUCAAACCAACUGGAAUUAUGAUCUUUAAUAUGGGGGGCCGCCCAGGUCAAGCUGUUUGCAAACGAUUGUUUGAACGUCGAGGUUUUCGCAUUACAAAGCUUUGGCAAACUAAAAUCAUUCAGGCUGGUGACACCGAUAUUGAAGCCUUAGUUGAGAUUGAGAAGAACAGCCCACACCGUUUUGAGUUUUUUAUGGGACUUUCUGGAGAUCAGCCUAUUUGUGCAAGAACCGCGUGGACUUACGGAAAGUCUGGUGGCAGCAUUUCCCAUGCUUUAUCAGUAUACAGUUGUCAACUUCGUCACCCUAACCAGGUUAAAGCUAUUUUUGAUUUUCUAAAACAUGGAUUUCAAGAGAUCGGCAGCUCCCUCGAUUUGUCUUUUGAGGACGAUUCUGUUGCUGAUGAGAAGAUUCCUUUCCUUGCUUAUCUUGCAAGCAGAUUAAAAAAUAAUUCUUAUUUUCCGUAUGAGCCACCAGCUGGUAGCAAACAUUUCCGUAAUCUCAUAGCAGGAUUUUUGAAGACUUAUCACCAUAUUCCACUCACUUCUGAUAAUGUUGUCAUUUUUCCUUCAAGGACUGCAGCAAUUGAGCAUGCUCUUCGCUUGUUCUCACCUCGCCUUGCAGUUGUUGAUGAACAUCUGACUCGACACUUACCUAGGCAGUGGUUAACAUCUUCAACCCUUGAGAAGAAUGCAGGAACUAUAGACUCUUUAGAUGAUACGAUGAUGGUAAUUGAAGCCCCUCGGCAAUCAGACUUAAUGAUAGAACUAAUAAAGAAAUUGAAGCCUAAAGUGGUGGUGACUGGGAUUGCUCAUUUUGAGGCUGUUACUAGUUCAGCUUUUGUGCACCUUUUAGAUACAACACGAGACAUUGGAUCUCGUCUUUUCUUGGACAUAUCAGAUCACUUUGAGCUAUCUAGCCUUCCUGGGUCAAAUGGGGUCCUGAAGUAUCUUUCAGGAACUCCUCUGCCCUCUCAUGCAGCAAUUAUAUGUGGACUGGUAAAGAAUAAGGUUUAUCCGGAUUUAGAAGUAGCUUUUGUCAUUUCGGAAGAAGAAUCCCUCUUGAACGCCUUGUCCAAAACUGUUGAAUUACUAGAAGGCAAUACUGCAUUAAUUAGUCAAUACUAUUAUGGCUGUAUUUUUCAUGAGCUUCUUGCUUUUCAGCUUGCCGACCGGCAUGCACCUGCCAAGAGAAAUUGUGAGAAUGUCAAAUCAGUUGAUAUGAUAGGAUUUGCUAGAUCAGCCACAUCUGUCCUUAGUAAUGCUGAGUUAUCUAUUGAUGGGGUAGAGAAUGAGUCCCUAAUCCACAUGGACGUUGAUCAAAUCUUCUUGCCUGUUCCAUCUCCUGUUAAGGCAGCUAUUUUUGAAAGUUUUGCUAGACAAAAUAUGUCUGAAUCAGAAACUGAUGUCACAGCAAGCAUCAAAGGAUUUGUCAAGAGUAACUAUGGUUUUCCAACUGAUAGCAGCACCGAAUUUAUAUAUGCUGACAAUUCAAAGGCUCUUUUCAACAAGCUGGUCCUCUGCUGCAUCAAAGAAGGUGGCACCCUUUGUUUUCCAGCCGGAUCAAAUGGGAACUAUGUUUCGUCUGCCAGAUUUUUGAAAGCUGACAUAGUGACAGUACCUACCGAUGUCAAUGUAGGAUUUAAGUUCACAGAAAAGACACUCACUGGAAUUCUUGGGACUGUGAAAAACCCAUGGGUGUAUAUUUCUGGUCCUACAGUCAAUCCAACUGGCUUAAUUUAUAGCAACAAUGAGAUGGUAGAAAUUUUAAGCACUUGUGCUAGAUUUGGUGCAAGAGUUAUAAUUGACACUGCAUCCUCUGGUUUGGAAUUUGACUGUGAAGGCUGGGGUGGCUGGGAUAUAGAGGGGUGUUUGUCUAAAUUGAAUUCAUCAAUCAAGCCAUCGUUCUGUGUGUCUCUUCUUGGAGGACUAUCUCUUAAGAUGCUCAAUGGUGUUCUCAGAUUUGGCUUUCUUAUUCUAAACCAGCCUAUUUUGGUUGACACGUUUUAUAGUUAUCCAGGAUUAAGCAAACCUCAUACUACUGCUAGAUAUGCUACAAAGAAAUUGCUGGAACGUAGAGAGCAGAAACCAUCAAGCCUAUCAGAUGCUAUUGUUGAACACACACAGAUAUUGAAAACUAGGUCCAAGUGCUUGAAAGAGGUUCUUCAAAAAAGUGGGUGGGAUGUGCUUGAAUCGUGUGCGGGUGUGUCUGUUGUGGCCAAGCCCUCUGCCUAUCUCAACAAGACUAUUAAGCUGAAAAUUUCACUUGAAGGUGAAGCAAGCCACGGAAGUGCCACUAAGGAAAUAAAGCUCGAUGACUCUAAUAUCAGGACUGUCAUUCUCAAAGCCACUGGAUUAUGCAUCAAUAGUGGGUCAUGGACUGGAAUUCCUGGAUACUGUCGGUUCAAUAUUGCACUCGAAGAAAAUGAUUUCAAAAAAGCAUUGGAUUGCAUUCUAAAAUUUAAAGAAGUCGCACUGGGUUAAAACUUCGUGUUUUGAUUCCAUUCGUUGUAUGUCAUUCUUUUGAUCUUCUGUUUUCACUGUUUUGGGGGUAAGUUUCUUAUUCCUCCUAUAUGCACGGUUCAACAGAAAUAAUUGAUCUUUCAUAAUCUGAGUGCGCAAUAAUGUUUUGUGAUGUAAACUUUCUCAGUUCAAAUUAUAAUGAAAUUGUUUUCUCUAUCUA